UUGACUCUCAGACAAGCAUGGCUUCACUCAAACGAGUUCGGCUAGAGUCCUGGUGCUAGCUGGGAUUACAAUUUGAUGUUUACUUUGUGUCAAAUUAACUAAUUGUUUUCUUUUGCUGAAUUUAUAUAACAACAGUCCAACCUUGUUUAGCAUCAUCUAGUCAAAUUGCAUCGGUUUGCAUCAGUUUCAAUAGGUGACUUUUAAUUUGAAGGCGAACCGCCGAUUCCGCUAUUGUUGUCCACAGCACACUGGUCUAUGAAACACUGACAGGUGAGAAAGGGCGACCGACGGACUAACAACAGCGUUAAUGGAACUUUUUUGCUGAUUUCGUUAUGGGGAUGCCAUACGCCAUGUUAAGAUAAAGACGACUGUGUUUAACAUGCUUAAGCGGUUGGACAAAAUCCGGUUCCGGGGCCAGCGGACAGAUGUGUUUCUGGAUCUGGGCGACUCGCCCAACACAUCUGACACUGAAUGUAGCGAAGAGAUUCUGAUGAAGCCUCGGCCCUCACUUGAAAUGAAAGACACUGAAGAACUGCAAGACCCUGCUGGUCCAGGGACACUUACGAUGCCUGCUGCAGCCAUCCAGGACUACCAGAGGGCUGAGACAGAUCGACUCAACGACUUGAAAGGCCACCUGGAAAUUGCCUUACUGGAAAAGCACUUCCUACAGGAAGAGUUGAGGAAACUUCGGGAAGAAACCAACAUAGACACUCUGAAACAGGAUUUGGAGAAGGAGAGAUCGAAGAGGCUGGUCUUGGAACAGAAACUGAACUUGGAUGUUCUCAAAAUGGGACCGGAAGAUUCCCCAUCACAGCGACCCAGAGAAACGCCUCCAACUGCCAACGGUACAGACAAGCAGAAGGAGACCAUGUACUCAUGGCUGCAGGCGUGGCUGUACAACCGGUUCGGAGCGUACAUCGGGGACUUCCGUUUCCAGCCGGAGGAGAACACAGUGGAGCCAGAGGAGCCGCUAAGCGCUAAGAGAUUGACUGAAAACAUGAGAAGACUCAAGCGAGGUGCCAAACCUGUCAUAAACUUUAAGAGGAACCUUUUUGCCUUAUCCAGCUGGCAAUCAGUGUAUACGUCAGCCUUCGCCUUCAUUGUGAGUACAUCUCGAUUGUAUACGUCAGCCUUCGCCUUCAUUAUCUAUAUGAAUGCAGCGUGGCACGGUUGGGCCAUCCCCAUGUUUAUCUUCCUAGCCAUUCUAAGGUUGUCCUUGAAUUACCUCAUUUCCAGAGGUUGGAGGAUCCAGUGGAGUAUUGUGCCUGGUGUCUCUGAACCUGUGGAAGCACCAAAAGAGGAUCUGACUGUUUCAGAGAAGUUCCAGUUAGUUCUUGAUGUAGCUCAAAAAGCACAGAAUCUUUUUGGAAAGAUGGCAGAUGUCUUGGAGAAAAUAAAGAACCUGUUCAUGUGGGUGCAUCCUGAGAUUACUCGGAAGCUUUACGUUGGUCUAUGGGUGGCCUUGAUCUGCUCCUGUCUCAUCCCCUACAAACUCAUGGGCUUUAUGAUCGGGCUGUAUGCAGGGAUCAAGUUCUUCCUAAUCGACUUCAUGUUUAGGAGCUGUCCCAAGCUAAGGGACAAGUAUGACACGCCCCACAUCAUCUGGACCAGCCUGCCCACUGACCCCCAGCUGAAGGAGCGUGGGGGCGCGACAUUGUCCAGAUGGAUCCAUCCGACGGUAGCUCACAGCAGUCUAGGAACAGCCUUACCAUGUGGUAUCAGUCUAGAGGAACAGACUGGCAGAGCCUACAAUACUAAGAAGGGGGCUUUCCACGAGGUCUUCAAUCUUUCUGGGGAUGAGCGCCCCCUAGCAGUGUGUGAGAAUGGCUGGCGAUGCUGCUUGAUCAACAGGGACAGGAAGAGUCCCACAGACUACAUCCGUAAUGGUGUGCUCUUUGUCACUGAAAAUUACCUUUGCUUUGAAAGCUCAAGCUGCAGGUCAAAUUCCUCUAAAAAGAAUAAAGUCAUCAAACUGAUUGACAUCACUGAUAUUCAGAAGUACAAAGUCUUGUCUGUAUUACCUGGGUCUGGAAUGGGAAUCUCCAUAGCAACACCGUCCACCCAGAAGCCGUUGGUGUUUGGUGCCAUGAUCCACAGGGACGAGGCCUUUGAAGCCAUCUUCACACAGUACACGAAGAAAGUGACCAUGACCACAGCCACCAACCCUGAGACCUAACAUACAAAAGUGGCUGCCUUCACCAGGGAUGUCCUAUACUGACGCAGAGAGUUCUCUAUGUAGUACACUGCUUCUGGCCAAUUAGUAUAUCUGCAAGUAUGUUAUGCUAGUGUCCAUGCCAAGGUGGUGGAUUCCUCCACCAAGCCACAUUAGGUUAGUAUGUGAGGAUGGUAUCCACUUGAUCUGAGGCCUGGUCCAUCACUAUAAAGCCCAAGAUCUUUGUAUCCUCUCGCUGAUAACCACAACUUCUCAUUAGGUCUAAGGGACUACAACUGGACCCGCACACCAUCUCUGCCUCCUACUGGUUCGGUCGAGGCUAUUACAUUCAGGAGGAGGCUGGAUCUCUUUGCCUAUCUGACAGGACUGCCUGGCACUCCCAUUUUGUGUAUCACACACAUUGAUGCUAUUUGCUCCAAUUGUUGCUCUCCUUCAAUAGGAUGCAUUUGGUUUGAUAUAGAUAUCAUUGGUGGCCUUGCACAGGUCUUAACUCACAUUUUGUAAAGUGCACCAGAAACCACGUUGAUGAAUACCUCGAGCCUUCAUGUUUCUCAGUUAAUGAAAGUGCUUUAGAUAUCAUUUCUGCAAUAGCCUUUAGGUGUAAGUGUUUUAUUUAGCCUUUUUUUUCUGAGAGAGGAGGAACGGAACGGGAGUCAUUUAAUGAUCAGCAGCCAAAAGCCUGAAGUUAUUGUAUUUGAUAUCUUUCUCGCACACAUUUUUGUCUCGGCAAAGAAAAGGUAUGGAUUUACAUGGAUUUAAUCAUUGACAUGAUUUCCAUUAAGGAGUUAUGAUGCAUUCAUAAGCACCGCAUAAACAUGACCUAAUGUCAACAUAGUCUUUCUGAAGCCUCAGAGUAUAUUUAUUAUGUAGAACAAUAUGUGACUUGUAAUAUGUGACAUCCUACAUAACUAAUUGGUUCAGUAAAAAACAAUAACUUAUGUAGUUUUUGUGGAAUGUUUAUGAAUGUACUAUAAGUACUUUAUGGGACAGAUUACAUGUAAAUCUAUCUCCAAAAAAGCAGGAGCCUUUUCUACACUUCCUUGUUCCACCACAAUGCCUUACCUAAUUCUCUCACAGAUUUAGGCCAGGAUUCAAACCAAUGCAGCACUGCACUUUCUACUGAUUCUGACGUGUAACUUCAGGUAAAUUGCCAUUGGAUCACUCAUCACGAAACCACAUGUUCUUAAAAGUCGAGUGCAGUGCAAUGCCGGUUAUUUGUGUUAGUUUGAAUCCCGGACAAAAAUGUUGGCAAUAAAGUUUUCUUUUUGGUUUUGACAGCAAACGGGAAUGGGGUUUAUAUUAAAAUGCUAGUAACCUUGUCAAGAGGUUCGGACGUCUUGGUGUAAUGGUUAAGGUGUUGGCUUGAAGGUCGCUGGACCCGGCUUUGAGUGCCGGUCGGGGCUACCCCCUGAAUUUGCUACAUUGGUGUCAGAAGUGCGAUGGUGUCUGUGAGGCCAUCGGAGAGGCGUGUACACCUGAAGGACUUGGUAUAGAGAAAGUAUGGGGGGGGGGCCCUCUCCCGAAGGAAGGGGGUAAUGUAGCGUCCUUAACCCAACACCUUGCGACCUCGUCAAGAUGUUCAGAGCUCUUGGCGUAACGGUUAAGGUGUUGGCUACAAUAUGUUCUAGUUGAGCACAUGCUAGGGAGGCUAACUGGACAUUUGCUUGAUGCCUUUUAGUCUACACCAAGUAAUUUAGGUAUCUCACUCGCCAAGUCCCUCAAAAAAGUUAGAUAUACUUAAAAAGCACAGAAUGUACUGUCUGUGUGCCAAAAUCUUUACUUUAUUUCACUGCUUCUCAUUUAGUUAUUUCACCCUAUAUCUGUAAUGUUUACAGAUGUUAGCUUCUGAACUCCACUGCUUUAAGUCAGUUUGAUUCCUUGUAAGACUAUGAGGUCAUGAAGACUGACUGGGUACGUCUUGUGAUGGAGAACUUCUGAAUGCUGAUAAACCAGCCAAUCAAAGACUCCCCCUGGGUUUAGCCACACUCUUUGCCAGUGGAUGGUGAAUUGAAAGGUGUCAAUUCGUGGAGUCAUGUUGCUUCCAAAUCUGUUUGAAUCACCACUCGCUAAACAAUGUCAAUAUAUGGCAUGGCCGUCAACUUGAAGAUGGAAAAUCCUCAUUAUAGUACCGUGUGUGUCCCAAACUAUCGAAUGUGUUGUGAAAAAAAAAAAGUCUUGCUAAUCAAUCAUGCCCUUGUUGA